GGAAGAGUGAACAACAUGGCAGCUGAAAGAGAGGAUGAGCAGGCUCUGCACCACGUGUUCACCUACGGGACUCUGAAGUAUGGCCAGCCAAACCAUCACAUCUUGACGAACCCCAACAACGGCCGCGCUACGCUUAUUGCCACGGCGAAGACGCUGAAGAAAUGGCCGCUGGUUCUCGUUUCCUCGUACGAGAUACCAUGUCUGCUGCCCCGUGAGGGCAUGGGCCACGAGGUGUUCGGUGAAAUGUACCUAGUGGACGACCGGAUGCUGGAGACCCUCGACGGCCUCGAGUCGCACCCCGACGUCUACGUCAGAACGCAGGAAGACGUCGUGUUGCUGUCUUCGCAGCCUAAAUCGUGCAGCCCUGACGCCGAAGCGAAUUCGCGCUCCGGAGGUUUGUCUUCGACAGAGGCCGGCGAAAGACGAAAAGCCUGGAUUUACUUCAUACGCAAUGCAGAGCCAGAACACCUGUUGCUACCCUUCGUGUCUUGCUACACGUGGAGACUGGACAUUGAAUUCCCGACGGCAACUGGGGACAAAGAAGAGUCGCUCCGCUUCCUAGACAACCAGUUUAAACCCACUGCUGUAGACGACAGCUGCUACAGAGCCGAGGCAUGACACCAUUACACUCUGCAAGUGCAAAUCAAAUUACUAACUAAGCACUAUCUAAACUGCAUUAUUUUAAGCGUUCCCUUCUCGAUUCUUUCUGGAAUACAAAUCUUACAGCACUUGCAGCCGUAUACCAUUGCUGUAGCGUUGUGCGCCUUGCCUUGUAAAUAUAUCCAUUGUGUGUCGGUUCUUCCCGUAACAUCUUUGGUGGAGGUGCGGGGUAAGCUCACUUCAACACCGGGAACUGGAUAUUUGCGGUGGACGGCAAGUGGU